AGCCACUCAGUACACAUGCAUGUUGCUUAGCUAUCUAAUAGAGCAUAAGGCUGAUAAGGAGAAGCUGGUAAUGAAACUGAAGCAGUUGGAAUCUAGCAUGAGCUCUGGCCGGAAAAUGUUCAGACUGGGCAACACGGUGCACGCCUUGGUGGCAGCCAGGAGAAGUACCCGGCUGCCAGACGCGGUUCCUCGCCUCUGCCUCACGGCCGCCAACCUGAGCCGUGCCCUGUACCUGGUGUGUGAUGCGCUCCUGUGGUCCAGGAGCGUGGGGCUCCAGCCAGACAUCGACAAGCUGAAGUGGCGGAACCGUGCCACUAAGUGCUACUACUUCUCACUCCUGAUGAAUCUAGCCAGGGACUGGUAUGAGAUCUGCUGGAGGCUGGAGCAAGCUGUACAGGAAGAAAAGGCGAAGGAGAAUUCCUUCUGGGACGGACACUACCAGGAACUAAGCGGUGUGAAGUGUGAUGGUUUGCUCGGUUUUCUCCUCCUGCUGCUUCAGACACUGAAGAGACAUCCUCCUUUGCUGCUGGACUUGGUGAAGAAUCUCUGCGAUCUCUCAGGUCCUUUGGAUACCUUAGGGAUCUACAAGACCAACCCAGGAGUGAUUGGUUUCUGUGGCAUCCUCUCCUCCCUGGUGGGGAUCCUCACGUUAGCAAGCCCACAUCUGAAGCUGAAACAGUGA